AUGUCGUCGUUAACAGUUGAUAGUACUAUGGCACAAGCCCUCGCAGAGACCCUCGACAAUGUAUUCAACUUAAACUCAGAAGUUGAUACGCUCUCACAUAAAAUUCAUCAAAAGAAGCAAACUAUCACCAUUCAAAAUUGGGAGCUAGAAGCUCUCCAUGCCAGAAUUCGCGAAGCGGAGGAACGGUUGAAGAUGCAGCAAUCCCUCGCUACUCGAUCUAGAGCCAACACCCGUAAUGAUAACCAUGGAAGGAGCCCUCAUACAAAUAACCUCGCUUUCGACCAGGACGAUUCAGUUUCCUCGCCCGUUUCGGAUGGUUGUUCUUCAGAGGGCGGACUUACUGAUGCAUCCACUGCCCCAUCAACGACGUACACCGAAGACCGACACACUGACGAAGAUGUUGACGAUGUAGACCGUCGAACAAUUCGAGAUGUUGAUCGGAAGCAAGCCAAUUCAACAAAAACACAAACUCAUAGAUAA